AUGAAGCUAGCGCGCCUACGGCGCAUGGCUGCUGAGCUCUGUGCAAUGGUGGGGGAACAAAAUGGCGGCGGAAGUUACGACAUAGCUAUUAAAGGGGUAACUGACUAUAGAACGUUCGUUAGCGGCAUUAACAAACAUAACUUGGACUCUGGAGAAGAUAGUCGAGUAGUUCAAAGAGCGGUCCAAGCUCUUAUUCGAGGAAAAAUCUUAGUAGGCCACUCUUUGCAGUUUGAUCUUGAUGUAUUGGGUCUAUCGCAUCCUCGAGAAGACAUUAGAGAUUUUAGUACAUAUGAACCCUUCAAAAAAUUGAAUAAGGGCAAUACUCCAGCCUUAAAGCUGCUGGCAGAAUAUUGCCUUGGCAAAACAAUCCAGGUGGGCGAACAUAACUCCCUUGAGGACGCUAAAGCGUCGAUGCAAAUUUACCUAACCGUGGUCAGAAACUGGCCU